AUGAUCGAGGAUGAAACAGAAGUGGGCCAUCAUAUAGGCGCCGUGGUCGAUGUGACUGAUCGAGAUGGUGUUGUCGAGUUCGGCGAUCGCCUCAAAGUAUUCAAAGGAUUCCGCUUGAAUAAUGGAGGAAUCGCUGAAUGGGAUCGUGCGGGGGCUGGCGUUGACGUCGGCUCAAGGGCAUCAGCAGCUGAUGAUAUUGUGAAGCUCCGAUGGACACUACUGGGUGUGAACGUCGGACCGACAGCCAGUCGAACAAUUGUCGGCCCUGGUCCCGACUCUGACGGCCAGGGUGCAGCCUCUGUAAAAUACAACCGUUCCAUCGUUAGUAUCGGUGGCUAUCAAUCGCAAGGUGCUGGUUACCGUAAUCAGUUUUACAACCAAGGAAACGAGUUCAAGACUCCAUCUCAACGUGCCUGCCCGUGGUGCUUUGCGGUCGACAGCACCUAUCCGGUCCAACAGCGGCUAUUCCCU